UAAUCACCCAUAAACGACAACAUUCUGGAGAAAGACCAUUUUCUUGUGAUAUUUGUAACAGUACAUUUACUAGCCGAAAUGUUAUGGUUAUACAUAGAAGAAGUCAUACUGGAGAAAAACCCUUUUCAUGUAAUUUCUGUGAUAAAACAUUUACGUGUUCCAGUGGUUUAGUUAAACAUAAGCGGAUACAUGCCGAUGAAAAACGACAUUCUUGUGAUGUUUGUAAUAAAACUUUCACUACGAAUAGCAGUUUAGUUGGACAUAAACGGAUUCAUACCGGGGAAAAACCAUUUUCAUGUGAUAUUUGUAAAAGUAAAUUUAUCAGUCGAUAUGUUUUAGUUAAACAUCAAUUAGUUCAUACCGGAGAAAAACCAUAUUCAUGUGAUCUCUGCGACAAAGCUUUUACCGGCUCAAAUAGUCUGGUUAAACAUAAACGUACUCAUACUGGUGAAAAACCGUAUUCAUGUGUUAUUUGUCAUAAAAAAUUCACCUCACAAAGUCAUUUAGGUACACAUAAGAGACUUCAUACUGGAGAAAAACCAUUUUCCUGUGAUAUCUGUGAUAAAACAUUUGUCACAAAAAGUCAUUUGGUUUUACAUAGACGAUUUCAUACUGGUGAAAAACCAUUUUCAUGUGAUGUUUGUGAUAGUAAAUUCUAUCAACACCAACAUUUAGUUCAACAUAAGCGAAUUCAUAGUGGGGAAAAACCAUAUUCGUGUGAUUUUUGUGAUAAAACAUUUUCGUUGCAAGGUACUUUAGCUAGGCAUAAACAACGUCAUACUGGAGAAAAACCAUAUCCAUGUGAUACUUGUAAUAAAAUGUUUUCUCGUAAAAGCACUUUAGCUCGUCAUAAACUUAAUCAUACUGGAGAAGAACAAUUUCAAGGUCUUCUUAGUGACGACCAAUACCCAAAUUAAUCGU